GGCUGGUGAAGGAAACGAGGGAACCUUGAUUGUGCGCGGAUCGAUUAUCUGCUGAAAUUCUAGUGAAAAUUCCCGGGAAUACUUCUAUCCCUCCGAAGCGGUCGUGCUCGCAACUGUUCAAUCAUCAGUGAGCGUGUGACCACCAGUGUCAGAAUGUUGAAACUCCGCGUUUUCUUCCGGCCCGUUUUCCUCAGUCGCGCUUACAGAACAUCCACGGAACGAUCCUUAAGGGAUGCCGAAGAUGGCGAUGACACCGCACCGCUUAGGCACCGCGAAGUGGUGAAGGAUGUGUACGAAGAGAGUGAGACUACGGCGUCUCGCAGCGCCGACGAAAUCGAGGAUUUCAGGAAGAAGCACAACGUAACUAUCAAAGGCGAUGCUCCGAAUCCUGUGCUGACGAUGGAUGAAAUCAAGCUCCCGGAAAAAAUGAGCAAACUUUUCGCGGGUCGGGGACUUCGUACACCGACCCCGAUCCAAAGUCUAUGUUGGCCGUUGGCGUUGAAGGGGAAGGACCUGAUAGGCGUUGCUCAAACUGGAUCCGGCAAAACCCUUGGCUACUUGGUCCCGUCUGCCUUGCACAUCGUUCGACAGCCGAACGUUGGACACCCGGGUCCCACCGCCCUGGUCCUCGCUCCGACUCGUGAACUCGUCCAACAGAUCGCCAGCGUGUCCGCGGAUUGGCUGCUCCCAUCGAUGCGAAUCCGGCACGUCCCAGUUUACGGGGGAGCAAGUCGUCUCGUGCAGAUGAACGACAUGAGACGGGGAUUCGAUAUCUGCGUUGCGACCCCGGGCCGCCUGCUGGACUUCAUCCAGGGCAGGGAAGUCUCGCUGUCCAACACCAGUUUCCUGGUCCUCGACGAAGCCGACAGAAUGCUGGAUAUGGGUUUCGAACCUCAGAUCCGUGAUAUCAUAGAGUCAAUGAGGCCCGAUCGGCAGACUUUGAUGUUCAGUGCCACGUGGCCGCAGGAUGUGCGCUCGCUCGCUAGGGAUUUCAUGUCAGCCGACGCAACUCGCAUCAACAUCGGCUCCACGGAAUUGUGCGCCAAUGACAACAUCACACAGGAAUUACAGUUCGUCUCGAAUGAAGACCAGAAAACGGACCUCCUUUUCAAUAUUCUCGAGCAAAACAGCCGCGACAAGAUCCUGAUUUUCGCGGCAACGCAACGGAGAGUCACGCAUCUAGCGAUGAAGAUUAUCAGGAAUGGAUUCAGAUGUGUUGAAUCUCACGGAGGCUUGAGCCUAGCCAAGCGAGAGCGUGCGCUACAACUUUUCAAAGGACACUGCAAUAUCAUGGUCGCAACCGACGUCGCAGCGAGAGGCCUCGACGUUCAGAACAUCAAGGUCGUCGUCAACUAUGAUUUCCCUCAGACCAUCGAGGACUAUGUUCACAGGAUCGGGCGCACAGGGCGGGUCGAAGCCAAGGGACGCGCUUUCACUUUCUUCUCGCCGGAAAACGCCUCCUUCGCAAAGGCUCUCGCCGGCGUCCUGACCCGGUCCGGGCACGAGAUCCCCGAUAAACUUGUUGAAUACAUUGACAACAACGCUCCCUCGCCGUCAUUCCGACGGAAUUUCGUGAAGAAGCCGACCAAUUUCCGUAUGAGUAGGGCGAGCGAUUGGAGACGGGAUUCGAGAUCUUUCCGUCCCUACUGAUUCCGCUGCGUAAGCAUCACAGGACAGCGAAGCUAACCGACUCAGAAGAGUUUGUGUAAAGUGGCCUUGUUCAUAUUUAGCUGAUAUUUAUGAGGUUCGAAAAUGAGCUCUGCACGGCAGGAUUUCAUCUGACCGAGUGAGAAAGUUGUCACGGAAGAAGACCUCGUCGUGAUGCCCUCGCUAUCCUGCAGCGGAUGACUUCCGGAAAUGUUUUGGAAAAACCAAAAAUCAUAUAUUUCGGAGGGAGUGGGUUCAUCCGGAAAUUUCUAUACUACGAAUAGGUAGUCGGAGAGCCUAGAAUAAAAGGCGAUUCUACAUUAGAGCGGAUAUUCCCUUACGCAGCCGAGUAGGAUAUACUGUGAAGAUCAAGAAAAAAAAAUGGUCAUCCAGGCGAACAUUGAACACUAAAAUAGUGAUUCU